UUUAAGAUAACUGCGUGGAAGUAGUAGAACGUAGAAGAUAUGAUUGUGCUCUGUUUCUAACAAAGAUCAAUUUUACCAUUUGAAGUUUACCUACUUCUGAUUCCAGGAAUGGAAUGGUUAAAGUAUGCCCCCAUCAGUGGUUUCAAAUUAGGACGAAUGUUUUCACUGUUCUCGAAAUGUAGCCCUGGCCUGCAGUUUCAUAAACAUUCAAGGAAGUCAUUCUGGUUGCAUUCAGCAGUAAGAAAGAGAUGUAGUCUGCAGUCAGAAAUGACUGGAGAAGUGCCAGAGAACAAACCUAUGGAACGUGCUAUUCGCCAAAAAUUGGUGGAGACUCUCAAUCCAGUUCAUCUUGAUAUCAUUAAUGAGUCAUAUAUGCAUAAUGUACCACCAGGAUCUGAAACGCAUUUCAAGGUUGUGGUUGUUUCUGAUAAGUUUGACAACCUGCCACUAAUCAAGAGACAUAGGCUUGUGAAUGAUGCUCUGAGGUCAGAAUUGCAGAAUGGAGUUCAUGCUUUAUCUGUUGUGGCCAAAACACCAACUCAGUGGAAGGAAGGCACACAAGUGUCCCCAAGUCCAGCUUGUAGGGGAGGUUUUGGGAAAUGAACAACCUUUGUCAGUAAGUCAUGUGACCUUAACAGAUGAAGUCACUACACUGAAACCCCCAUUUAAGGUUUCUUUGGGCAGCAGUGAAUUUGUACACUGAGGAAGAUCUUAAGUAGAGGAAAUUUAUCAUUGAGAUUAUUGAUCUUGGAUAUU